AGUUCCAACAUCGAGAUAUGGUUCUCGGUAAAUGUCACGUGACAGUAUUAUCACAAACCUACUCACCUAUACAGUAGAUUACUAAUCCAAUACGCCUAAUUGCUAAUCUGCCACUAACUACGAUUGUCACUCUCACAGACGGAGAUGUGUACAUUGGAGAAGCGUGGUCGACUUUUCCUACUGAAACUCACCGGCGACGGCGAACACCGUCUCAACCCUACCUUACUCGACAACAUCCGCUCCGCCAUCACACAAAUCCGUUCCGAUCCAUCGUCUUCACAAUCGGUCCUCAUCACAACCUCCGAUGGAAAAUUCUUCUCCAACGGCUACGAUCUCGCCUUAGCCGCAUCGGAUCCUCCUCUCCGCGCUGUCAUGGCCGCCAAACUCCAAUCCUUGGUGGCCGAUCUCAUCUCUCUCCCUAUGCCGACGAUCGCCGCCGUAACCGGUCACGCCUCCGCCGCGGGAUUCCUUCUCGCGAUGAGUCACGACUAUAUAUUGAUGCGUCGCGACAGAGGGUUUCUGUAUAUGAGUGAGCUGGAUAUCGAGCUUGUGCUUCCUGCGUGGUUUAUGUCUAUGAUCCGGAUGAAGGUUGUUUCUCCGGCGGCGAAAAGAGACGUGGCGUUGACGGCGGAGAAAAUUACGGCGGAUCGGGGUUUGGAGAUGGGAAUCGUGGAUUCCAGUCAUGGUAGUGCGGGGGAGACGGUUGAAGCCGCCGUAAAGUUGGGAGAGGAGAUAGUUCGACGGGGAGCUGAUGGACACGUGUAUGGUAGGAUGAGAGAGACUCUUUUAAGAGAGGUUCUCCAUGCGAUUGGUUCAAACGAGAGCGCUUCCAAUGGAGUGCGAAACAGCGGAUCUAAAUUGUAAGUUGUUCAACCACGGAUACGACGGUCUGUUUACAGUCUGUUUGUACGGAAAAUAAAAUUAAAAUAUUAUAAAUAGGGACCAAGGGAGAUUUGGUAGAUUUUUUUUUUUACGCAUUGCAGGUUUGUAAUAGUAAAAGAUGAAAUAAUGUAAUAAACAAAAUUUAUUCUAUUUAGAUUUGAGAUUUAGAAGA